CGGACACCCCCCCGGGGGCCCGAGGCCAGAUGACGGGCGGCGGCGGGGCCGGGCUGGGCUCUCACCGCCUACAAAUGCGGCUCCCCCGGCGGCCGCCCCCGUCGCCCCCCGCCGCCCCCCGCCAUGACCGCGCCGCGCCGGCUCCUGGCCCUGCUCCUGCUCCUGCUGCUGGUGUUGGAGCUCGUCCUGGCCGCCCCUGGGCAGGUGUGUGAGGCGCCGGACGGGAAGGAUGCGAAGAGAGGCCUCGUCCGAAGGGUGGUGCGGCCGCGGGGUGCCCGGCGCGGGACCGGGCAGCGCCCGGCGGGCUGGCGGAGGUACCGGCGGCCCCGGCCCCGGCUCUCCCACAAGGGCCCCAUGCCCUUCUGAGCCAGGGCUGCCACCAGCCUUCCAUGGACACGGCUCCCAUCGCCUGCGCCGUGUCCUCGCCCGCUCCACUCAUCCUCCGGCCCCGAGCGUGCGGUCCCACCUGUGAGCCCUCGGCUGGCAUCACCUCCUCCCCGCGGUUGUCCUUGGUGGCCUCGGCGCCGUGUCUGGCACCGUGGUGCCUCCUGCCCCCCACUGCCGCCUCCCGGCGCCGGCCGGCAGCAGGUUGCCUGCAGAGGGGCCAGGGCUGCCUGUCCCGGUGGGCACAGGGCAGGCUGCCCUAGGCAAAGGCUCGCCGGGACCACGGGCUUUGCGCAAAGCACUUUGUCAGGCGGAGCAGCUUCUCCGCAGGGGUCUGCGAGCUCCCUCGGGGCCCGCGAGCUCCCUCGGGGCCCCGCCCCGGCCCUGCCCAUCACCCCCAUGCCAGGGAGAGCACACAGCUUGUCCCGGAUCUAUUUAUUCCCGUGGUGCUCACCCGGGUGAACUGCCCUCCCCGGUGAGCAUGGGGUCCUUUUCCCGCUGGCAGACCCACCUCCUGGGGACCCCCGAGGUGUGGGGUGCCCACCCAGGACACAGCAUGGGGCUCUGAGCCCCUGUGCCUCCUCCACGCUGUGGGACAGCAGGAGCAGGGGGGCACUGGGGUAUCUGUCAAGCACUGCCAUGCACCAAAGGAGGGGCUCUGGCUCUGAGCUGGGCCCUGUUGAUUGUCUCCCAUGUCUGUAAAGAUUUAUUCCGUGUAAAUACAUCUUUAUAAUAAAGAGUUAUGAUGAC